AUGCCUCCCCGAAUACCGCUUGCCAGCGUCUCGGCGUGCUGCAGAGCCGCCGUCAGCCCUCCCGCCGCCUCAUUGACCACCUUCUUCGCCCGGCUCUCCCUCCAGCAAACCCGCAAUGCCUCGAUCCUGGGCAGCCUGGCCAACAACCCCGGCGCUAUACACAAGAAGAAGCGAGUCGGCCGCGGUCCCUCGUCGGGCCAUGGAAAGACGUCCGGAAGAGGUCACAAGGGUCAGGGACAGCACGGAAAGGUGAAGCCCUGGUUCCAGGGUGGCCAGACGCCGUUGAUUGUGAAGCACGGCAGGAAGGGCUUUGACAACUUCCGAGCGCCCAAGAUUUCCGAGGUGAACCUGGACCAGAUCCAGAACUGGAUCGACCAGGGCCGACUCGACCCCACGAAGCAAAUCACACCAAAGGAGCUCAUCGAGAGCAAACUCAUUGGGAGCGUGAAGGAUGGUGUCAAGAUUCUCUCCCGCGGCGGCGAGAACCUCAAGCAGCCCAUCAAUGUCAUGGUCUCAAGGGUCUCUGCGGGCGCCAUCGCCGCUAUCGAGGCUUCCGGAGGCAAGGUUACCACUAGAUACUACACCCGACUGGCCAUUGAGCGACUAUUGUCCGGCGAAUCAGUCAAUACCGAUAAACCUCUACCCGUCGGCAAGGAGCAUGUCGAAGGAAUUCUGGCAGAGGCGAGAAAGGGCCCCUUCCGAUACAGACUGCCCGACCCCACGAGCCGUGCCGACAUCGAGUACUACCGAGACCCAGCGCAUCGCGGAUACCUGAGCCACCAGCUUGCUCCUGGCCAGUCGCCCAGUUUGUACUUUAGGGUGCCUGGUGUGCACAAGGUGAAGAGCGCGGUGAAGACGGACAAGAAGAAGGCGGAGGAGACGCUGUGUCAGUACCGAUUAUCCUGAGGCCAUACACCGCCCGCGUCGACUUCGAGACAGCUCCUGCGACUCCAUCACAGCAUGUCGCUCUUUGGCGACUCGCCCACCGACAACGGCCCAGCCCCGGGCUCAUCGCCGCCUCGCCGCUCCGGAGCAGCAGCCAGGGCGUCAGGCGGCCUCUUCGACGACGAGCCCGCGUCCGGCCGCAACUCGUCCAGCCUCUUCGACGACGGCAGCGGCGCCUCGUCGCCCUGGGACAUGCCCACGCCGCGCAAGCAGCAGAGCCGGGCCGAGCUGAUCCGCAACCUGCUGCCAGCCUCGGACGUGCCCGACAGCUACAUCGAGGCCUUUGACGCCGUGGUGCGCGAGGACGGCCACGAGGGCCGCGUCACGGCCGCCGGCAUCGCCAAGCUCUUUGCCGUGGCGAGGCUCGAGGCCGACGCCCAGGCGCGCAUCAUGUCGCUCGUGGCUCCGGGAGGGUCCGACGUUUCAUUAUCGCGCAACGAGUUCAACGUGGUGCUGGCGCUCAUUGGGUUGGCGCAGGAGGGCGACAUUAUCAGCCUUGACGGAGUCGAUGAGCGGCGAAGAAAUCUCCCCCGGCCCAAGCUGCCCGGUCUGACCGCCGAACCCGUCAUGCCUCCGGUUGCUGAGCUUGCUGCAAAGCCACCACAAGUCCCGACCGAACAUGAGCCAGAGCCGGAAGCAGAACCCUAUAAGCCCGAGCCUCAACCACAGCCUCGGCCCCAGCCUUUGCCAGAGCCACAGCACCAACGCGAGCUUCCGCCCGCCCCCUCGAGCAUCAUGAGCAGGUCGACCAUGGGCCACACUCACCCUCAAGGCGGACAAGAGAGCCACGCGGCCGCAAUCAAUGGACACGGCCACGGCCACGGCUUCGGCCAGGAUGCACCUCCAUCAUUUGACCCACGCCCCACGAACCAUUACAGUGCUCCCCCGGAGCCAAUCCGCCCUCCCAACCGGCCCCGUCAGAUCUCGAGCGGCUCCUUGUCCGGUCAGGGAGCAUGGGGAGGUGGAUUCUAUGGCAGCUCGCCCGCUGGUGGCGGUUUCAACGAUGUGCCCCAGCAUCAGAACCCGCCGCCCAUCCCCAACAUCUUUGGGAAUGAUGGUGCUCUCCAGAUCGGGGGAAUCGCCCCGGCUCCCGUUGUUCCAUCGCGGAGUCUAGGAGGCCGCAUCGGAAACAGUAUGCAGGAAAACGUCGUCGUCACUCUGAUGCCCGGCAAGGAGGGCAUCUUCAUGUUCCAGCACCACAACUACGAGGUUACUAGCCUACGGCGUGGGAGUAAGGUGGUUCGCCGGUACAGCGACUUUGUAUGGCUGCUGGACUGCCUGCACAAGAGAUAUCCAUUUCGGAUGCUACCAUUGCUGCCUCCUAAACGCGUCGCUGUGAAUGGUAAUCACCUCUCUAACGACGGUUCCUUUAUCGAAAAGCGACGAAGAGGCUUGGCUAGGUUUUUGAAUGCUAUUGUUCGGCACCCAGUGUUGAGUCAAGAGCAGCUGGUUAUCAUGUUCUUGACUGUUCCUACAGAACUCGCCGUGUGGCGGAAGCAGGCAACCUUUUCUGUCCAGGAUGAGUUCACCGACCGACAACUACCCCCCGGCCUAGAGGAUUCACUGCCCCCGUCGCUUGAGGAGCUCUUCCUCCGAACACGCAAUGGGGUUCGCCGAUCUGCCGAGCUGUACAUUAAUGCGUGCAACAUCAUGGACCGCCUCGUCAAGCGAACAGAGGGCGUUGCUGCCGACCACGCGCGGGUUGCCAUGACACUCAUGUCGCUCACGGAAGCCUCUGCAGACACUUAUGCCACCGAUCCAAGCGAGGUACCGCUGCUCAACGACGGCUUGACGGCCAUGAGCAAGCAUCUGCGGACCUGUCAGACGUUGCUCGAGGACGAGAGUCGGGGCUGGGACGAGGGAGUGCUGGAGGAUUUGAAGCGGCAGCGCGAUGCCCUGGUCAGCCUGCGGGAGCUGUUUGACCGGAGAGAGCGGCUAGACAAGGACAACAUUCCGUAUCUGGAGAGAAGGAUACAGGCCAACGAGACGAAGCUGGCCAACCUCCGGACAAAGCCAGAGGGUCUUGUCAAGCCAGGGGAAAUUGAAAAGGUGGCAGAGUCCAUCAUCAAGGACAAGGAAUCCAUUGUCCAGCAGCACAACCGCUCCAUCUUCGUCAAAGAGUGCCUCCGCGAUGAGCUCAUCACCUUCCAGUCGACGCAGUACCACGUCAGCAGGUGGAACCAGGACUGGGCCAGCGAGCGCGUCAAGUACGCCGAGAUGCUGGCCGACAACUGGAGGCGUCUGUUGGAUGCUCUCGAGGGCAUGCCGCUGGGCGAGU